GCCCCCCCGCGCGCGAAUAUCAGCCCCCCCCGGCCCCGCCGUCCGCCUGCGGCGCGAGGCGGGACCGGCGCCGAGCGGGAGGCGGCGGUGCCCGGAUGCAGCAGCGCAGCGCGCCCGACCCCAAGAUGGCGGCGCCGAGCAAGCAAUAUGGGCUUAUUUUGCCCAAGAAAGCAUUGCAGAAAACUCUGAUGUUGAAGAAACAUUCAGUCUUUGCAGAUGACUCUGAUGAGGAGGCAUCUGUGGGUGAGAGUCUACAAAAAGAAGCAUUAAAAAAGCAAGUAAUGAAGCAAACCAAACUUGAGAUUCAGAAGGCCUUGGCAGAAGACUCCACAGUGUAUGAAUAUGACAGUAUUUAUGAUGAAAUGCAGCAGCAGAAGAAAGAAAGUAAUGCCAAAGUACUCUCCGGAAAAGAUGACAAAAAGCCCAAAUACAUCCAAAAUAUCCUCAAAGCAGCUGAGGUAAGAAAGCAGGAGCAGGAAAAAAGAAUGGAAAAAAAAAUUCAGAAGGAGCGUGAAAUGGAAGGGGGAGAGUUUGAUGACAAAGAGGCCUUUGUGACAUCAGCCUAUAAGAAGAAACUGCAAGAAAGGGCUGAGGAGGAAGAAAGAGAAAAAAAGGAAGCGGCACUAGAGGCAUGCCUGGAUGUAACAAAACAGAAAGAUCUCAGUGGAUUUUACAGACAUCUUUUAAACCAGACAGUGGGGGAAGAAGAGGUGCCCAAAUGCAGCCUCCGUGAAGCCAGGAUAAAGGAAGAAAAAUCUACCAUUAAUUCAGAUGAAUCCAUCCAAAGAAACAAAAGUCCAGAUGAAAGACCAAGACUUAGAACCCCUGCUAAGGAAGAGGAUAACCCAGAUGCGGACAGUGACUUAGAAAGUGAUAGUAGUGAUGAUGAUGAUCGUAAAAAUAGCAGAGCUAGUUCUAAAAAGAAGGAAAGUCGUGAGAGCAGUGAGGAGGAUUCCAAACAUCACAGGAGCUGGAAACACUCCAGCUCAUCAGAGUCUUCAAGUGAGGAGGGAAGUCACCACACAAAAACCCAUAUAAAUCGUCCUAGGAGAGGAGAGAGUGGAACAGGUAGAAGGGAAAAAGAUGAACACCACAAGGAAAGGGAUCAUGAGAGAAAAGAUAGAAACCAGGAAAAGGAUCGUUGGAGGGAAAAGGAAGACCGACAUAGAUAUGGGGAUCAUACCAGUAAAGAUAACUACAGAAAGAGGGAUGAGCAGGACGACAAACAGAAGGGGAAAGAUAGAAAAGAGAGAGAAGGAUAUGACAAAGAAGGAAGGAAAGAGAGGGAGGACAAGUAUUCAGAAAGGGAACGAGAAAAAGAGCGACUAAGAAAUGGCAAAGACAGAUACAGUGAUAGAGAAAGAGGGGAAAAAUGCAGAGAAAAGGAGGAACAUUUGAAGGAAAAGAGAGAGAGAGAUGACAAAGAUGACAAGAAAUACAGGGACAGGAAGGAAAGUAGUCCUCGAGCCUCAGAAAGGGACAGGGACAAGAAGCAAAGUAACCCUAGAUCCUUAGACAAACAGUGUGACCAGGAAAAGGAGACAAAGGCAAAGGACAGAAAGAGUAAUGAUGAGAGAGUCUCUUGCUCUGAAAGAUUUCCCGAGCCAAAAGGUAAGGAUGCAGAGGAAGGGCAAAAAGGUGCAGAGCAGGUGGAAAAAAAAUCUGUGUGUGUGAGCAAAUUUGCCAAGCGGAGCAGUGAAGAGACAGUGGUGUCAGCAAGGGAUCGCUACUUGGCUAGGCAAAUGGCACGAGUUAGCACAAAAUCCUAUAUAGAGAAAGAAGAGGAUUAGCUUCAUUUCAGUGGUCAAAAGCCAAGAGAUGAUCCGCUUUCACUGGUGGAAAAAUCACUGCAGCAGGAACUCUGUGUUGAAGAGAAAGUAUUUCCUGCCUGUUUGUUUCUGGGUUUUUUUAAACUCAGUAAUUUAAUAAAACAAACUUCUGUUUUGAAAUGUUUUGAUGGUCUUUGUACAUUCAUCGAGUCAAAUGUACAGGUAGGGUGUUUAAUUUGACUGGUUCUGUCCAUCCUGGCCUUCAGCACCAUAGCCUCUGCUUGUUCUAUAAUUUAUUCUAAGACAGGGAGUCACACUUAUGGAUGCUAAACUGAUACAGGUGAUAAUACCUCAAUGCCAUCCUGCAUAUAAUCCUUAUCAGCUAAUACCAGUACUACCCCUCUUCUGGAGCAGCAGCAUUCUCAGACAUUACUGUCAAAUCACACUAUCCAGAAAAGGUAACAGAAAGUGUGCGGGAGAGAGAACUUUAAAGAGAGGGAUAUGCAGGCAAAAUAAACAGAAUAAUAAUUUGGGUGACCCUGUAUGUUUUGUGGUGUUUUGUAAACCAGGUAAAUUUCAUCUUGACUAUAUUUGGAUUUGAACAUAUAUAACAUAUGCGUGGGUUUUUGUUUGUUUCUGGUGCUUGAUGUACAGAAAUAUUUAAAUAAACUGUAAGAUAUGUACUAUA